AUGGCGCCUGUUCAUCACUCCCCCUCCUCUCCGCCCAUGCCCCGAGCCGACUCACCUGAAGAAAUUGCAAGGAGGAUGGUGCGAUAUACCGAGAUUUUCGUCCUUUCUGGCACUAGAGUCCGCGCCGAACCAGAUCGCAUGGCCGCAACGUCUGCCACCUUGCAGGCUGAGGGUGGUGAAGUGCCUCUGAAAGCAGGUGCCAUCCCCGAUCCAAUGGCUGCGCUGAAGUUCUACGACGAAACCCUCGCCACUGCUCCCAAGUCUUUCAUGGAUCACUACUACCAUUUCCAUUACGCGUCGUCCGCGGCCAUUCUUGUGACCGUGCACAUCAUUACACCCCGAGCAGUUCGAGAUCCCCUCUUCUUUCAAGCCUAUACGAAAGCCUUCGUUAAGCUGGAAGAGCUGUCUCGAGUGCGACUGGGGCAGACCGACAGCGCGGAAUCGUCUCAAUGCCAAGCAAUGAUUGGUCGUUCCGAAGCUAACGCCCUGGUUCAGGACGUCAGGCGCCUCAGAACAAUGAAGUUUCACGCUUUCGAGGGAGAAGACGUUGAGGAGUCGGGAAAUUGGCAGGUCGUGGGUAUCUUUCUAGCUGAGGAUGGCGAUGAGGAGUACAGUGUAAGAUUCGAUCACCUCUCUGCGUCGCUUCCAUUCGACAAAGCCGAGCUGGUUGAGCUAUUGACAAAGAGUGCUCAACAAUUGUAG